AGAUCUGGGGCAGAAGCAAAGGGUCCACCAACUACUGUAGUAACUAAAAAGAAGAAGAGAAGUCUUAUUGGAGAAAAAUAUUAUGAACAGUUCUCUACGGAAUUUUGGAAAGAACCUGGAUCACAACAUUCUAUGACGCCAUCAACACUCUCAACACCUGGUCCUCUUGAAACCGGUAUAUUAGAAUAUAUGUAUUGCGAAGUUCCUUAG